AUGAGUGUCACUCUGUGGCAAGAUGCGCUUGAAAUCAUUGCGCAGGAGAGCGGACUGGAGCCCGCAGAGAUCCUCGAGACGGACGACAUGGAGUUUGCCAGGCUUGGUGUCGACAGUAUUCUCGCCACGGCUAUUUUGUCGCAUCUCCGAGGGCCUCGAGGAGAGGCUCUUCCACAAGACAUCUUCAACCAAAAGCCCACCGUUGGUGCUCUGCGUCGUUUCUACGAGACGUCAAUUCACCUCACCAUUGCUCCCACCCUUACGCCAGCACCAACAACUAAGCUGGAUCGCAAGGCAACUCCUGUUCCCCUUUCCAUACUUCUGCAAAAUGACCCGGUCUCGAGCCGCCAUACCGUAUUUCUCUUGCCAGAUGGCAGCGGCUCUGCCAUGGCGUACGCAAACCUCACGUUAAUCCACCCAGAAGUUUGCGUCGUCGGGAUGAACAGCCCAUACCUACGUGAGGCCGGCUCAUACCGUUGCUCCGUUGAAGAUCUAGCUGCCAAGUGGGUCCUCGAAAUCUACCGCCGGCAACCACAGGGACCUUACAGCGUCGGUGGAUGGUCCGCCGGGGGGUACUACUCGUACGAAGUCGCCAAACGUCUGCUACAGGAUGGACACGCCGUGGACAGGUUGAUUCUGAUAGACUCACCGUCCCGAAACAUCUUUGAGCCUCUGUCUAUGGAAGUCGUCAAUUACCUCUCGUCUCGAAAUCUCAUGGGCAACUGGGGCUCACGGGAGGUGCCACAAUGGCUUGUCGAGCAUUUCCGCUUCACGCUGGCUGCCGUGGGUAACUACAGCCCGCGACCAAUCGACUCGGCCGGGGGGAUGGAGACGUACAUCAUCUGGAGUCGCGACGGCGUGUUAGAUCAAGACGAGUUGGCCAAGUGUGGUCUCGAUCUGAGCGUCAAAGUAUCCAGGUUUGUGCUGCAAGGCAAGGACAAUCUGGGGCCGAAUGGAUGGGAAGAACUGGUGCCUAGCAAGAAGAUUGCUAUUGGAACUCAGUCUGGGACGCAUUUAACAAUGAUGAAUGAUCCUCAUAUGUCGCAGAUGAGCCAUCUUUUGCGUGAUGCGGUCGUUGGCAUCACCCCUGGCCGACAAUCACAUUGGCAGCGAGUCAUCAAGGCAUAA